UUUAGACUGGGCUGCUAGGGUCAUUGCCCCUGUCGCUUUCAAUCAUGGGCUAAUCCAUUUCAAUUUGCUGGAUCCAGAUUAUCCACAAUCACAAGGCUGUUUCUUCCUUAGAUCACAACCACUUCAAAGGAAAUUGAGUCUAUCCACAACUACAAAUUUUGUAGAUAUGUCAAAUGUGAGAUGUAAGACUCAGCCACCAAGCACAUGCGCGAACAUUUAUUGCUGUUAACGUACACCCCUACAAUAAAAGUGCGCAGACCCAACAUGGCUGAAAAAAGUUCAUUUUCCGCAUGCCUGUGUUCCCGACGAUAAAGUUUUAACUCGUGUGUACAUGGCAUUGGCAACCUCCUUUCGGGGAUUAGCUGUUGUUGUUAGUGUGUAUCACUGCUUCGCAUCGGGGCUAUUUUGCCACCAGGAAGACGCCAGCUGUGAAAGUAAACCGGAGAAGAACGAGGGAGGACCGAUGGAGAGCUUCCGCCCUCCCACCCCCCGACCUGAGCUGGUCGUGUUUGACGUAGAUUUUACCCUAUGGCCCUUCUGGGUAGACACGCAUGUAAGCCAACCAUUCAAGAAGACAAGUGAUGGCAGAGUGGUGGACAGGCACAAUUACGUUAUCAAGGGAUAUGAAGAUGUUCCAGAGAUUCUGGAAUGGAUGAGUCGACAAGGAUAUACCAUGGCAGUGGCAUCCAGAACUGAUGAUCCAGAGGCCAUGAGAAAAGCUCUGAAGCUGUUGGACUGGGACAAAUAUUUCACAUACAAGGAGAUUUACCCUGGUUCUAAAACACACCAUUUUCAAAGGUUUCAUGAGCAAAGUGGUGUACCAUACUCUAAAAUGAUUUUCUUUGAUGAUGAGGAGAGGAAUAUCUAUGACCUGAACAGAAUCGGUGUGCUGUCCCUCCUUGUGGCCAGAGGAAUGACCACUCAAGUUCUUAAAGAAGGUCUGGAGCAGUUUGCUCGGGAAAGGAAGUAGUUGAACUGCUUCAGAGGUCUUCACAGUUUUGUCGUAUGUUGAUAUAAUGUAGGGAGAAAAACUUUUUGUAGUGUUAAUUGUGAUUGUAAAAAUAUCUUUAGGAUUGAUAUGUUGGUACAUGUAUAUUGAUAAUAAGAAAAUAUGUACUACAAAUUAUAUUCAUAACCUACCAGUAACACAUGUUACUAGUAAAUAAAUACCUCUCAGGUCCUUACUAGUAAAUGAAGGAGACAUUUGAAAUUUAGUAGUUACAUGUAUUUUAUUGCACAUUUAAUGCAAGAAAAGACAGUAGUGUUGACAGAAAUACAUAUGCAGAAG